CUCACAGGACGAGUUGAAGUAUUUACAUACAAGUCGUUUUCCUACCCUCAAUCCUGUCCUCUCUUUCACAAACAGAGAACAACUCCAUUUUUUGGUGAUCACUUAGAAACAAUCUAGAUCCACACGACCCGUCAUAUCGAUCCUAGUACUACUGCACAAAAAGCACAUUGAUUCGACAAGAUGGGCCGUGGUCGUCGACGCGAUGCUCCUUCGGAGUCGGAGGAAGACUCGCGAUCGCGCUCUCGUGGACGCAAUCGGCGAGAAGAGCGUCGGGACGAUCGGCGAAGGGAAGCCGCUAAAACGUCUACUAUUAAGGGUUACCACAUUGCAUCCUUCACUACCAUCCUUGACUUUUUUUCCAGUAGGGAAAGGGUCAGGGAUGAUCUGAAGAAUGCAAUGUCGCAACGUCUAAUACUAGUAAACUACAAGAACCGGCGGAUGAGCCUGAGCGUCUAGUUGUAAACAACGACCACUAUGAUCAUGAUACUAGGGUGGAGAGAGACUACAACAACACAAGAAGUUCUAAAGAACAAAGUAGGUCCUAUCAACCAGGAGCCACGCGGGAGAGGGACCGCGAACGUGGCAGAGAGGAGCGCCGUGACGAGCGCGCCUAUCGGGAUGAGCGUGAACAUCGCGACAACCUUCCCCGUGAAAGAGGAGAAGACCAUACAACUAGACGAGAUCAGCAUAGACAAGAUAGAGAACGUGGUCAGAGAGACGAUCGGGGAAAGAACAACUCUUCUUCUAAUUCCAACAAGUAUCAGGAUCAUGAGGAACCACAUCAAGAUGAUCGUCCUAACCGACGCAAAGAUUAUGAUGAUCGAGAAGAAGAUGAUGUUGAAGACGACCGUCAUGGAGGCGAUGUUGAGGAACCCCAUCACGACAAGCAUAGAGAUGAUGAGAGCUCCUCUUCCGACAGCGAAGAAGCUCGUGAACGCGAACGCAUAGAAAGAGAGAAGCAAGAGAAAAAGGAAAGAAAGUUAUGACCACAGGGUUGUUGGUGUAAUAGUAUGUAAGUAGUCGCAUAAUUAGGUCUAGAACUAGAUGAAAGCGAGUUCGUCUCGUUAAUGGUAGAAUAGAACUCGGCCUAGUUCUUUAUUUCUCCGAUUUUUUGAAGUAGUGGUGUAGUAGUCUUCCAUACCCCUGGAGUGGGUGCAUUCCUUCAUUCAUUCACUCAGGAAUUUUUGUCUUUUUGGUUUUGUCCUACUGUAAGACCUUAGCCUUACUGAAAAGCAAUUACUUCACGCGGAAAUAAAAGUAUCUCAUUCUAAUCCCCCGCCUGAAGAAAGAGCAAGAGCAGGAGCAAGAAUUGAUGAUGAAGAUGAUGGGAUUUGGCGGGUUUGGGUCUUCGAAAGGGCAGGACCAUUCCGAAUCCGCUCAAGAGGGAACGAAAAAAGCUACAACUCGCGAGUAUCGUCAGUACAUGAACCGGCGUGGCGGUAUCGAUAAGCGUCCAGAAGACUUCUACGGAACCAGUAUUGGUGGAAGGGCAUAAUCUUCGCACUGCUACAACUUGAAAGGAGGAAAAUCUUCCCUGUAGUCUUCCAGAUGGCGAUCAUGACAGUCUCUUCUACAACUUCUGUAGAAAGGCAUAAAAACGACGAGAUACCAGUAUAGUUGUAGAAUCAAUCUUCAGUACCUUGAUAAAGACGAGACACCUGCUAACGAAGAAGAUUCAAGAUUUCAAGAUCAAGAUUCAAGAGACGUCUAAGAAGAUUCAAGAUCAUAUGACAGAUUAUAGCAAUUGAUGCGUCAAUUACACCAACACCCAGAAACUAGACCUCAACAGGACCCAAGCUAAUUAGGAUGGCACUUUCAAACCCCCAUACUAUGAGUCAUUCGAGUUUUCCCCUUCGAAACGAACUUCAUACACAGGAUGAGGCCUCCUUGGUCUCUUGAAGCAAGCGCACUUCUUGAUGCUA